CCGAAACUGGGAAAAAAAAUAUUUGUUUACACCAACGGCAAUCAAAAAUGUGUCAUACUCAAAUCAUGCUUAGUUGUUUACUUGUUGUCAUUUAGAAUUUAUCAAGAUGCAGAGUUGAUCCUCACCAAAGACUUCACAUCAGACACUCCCGGGAUUCCGAGUGUGGGCAGCGUCCGAGGAGACGAAACCAAAAACCUUCUGGAUUUCACCCCAGAAGAUUUGGUUUUCUACGUGGGAGGCUACCCGUCCAACUUCACGCCGCCGGCGCCUCUCAACUAUCCCAUGUACAAAGGCUGCAUCGAGAUGGCCUACUUGAACGACAGAGUUGUCAGCUUGUAUCAUUUCCUGCGCAAAGACAACAUCAACGUCGAGUCUCCAUGCAAGAGGUUGGUCCCUGUUUGUGUACAACUUCCUCCUAUCUCACAAUUUG